AUGGAGAUGAUGAAUGCUGCGACAUCCCCGGAGAGAGCCCUGUCACUGCGCUCGAGUGCCAACCGUCGAUUGUGGACCGUGGGCGGCCAUUUGGAUUCAUCGUCGCCCCUCAUCUCCCAACGCCACGUCGCGGCCGCCGAUGCCGGUGCGCACUCCGCGCCCAGUAGCACGACCACUGCCACCACGUCGACGAAUGGAAGCCGCAAAUUCCUGAGCAGCCUCUCCUCCCAUGCGCUCGAUACGACGUUGGGCAAGCCCGCCUCCUCCCUUCCCGUCACCCUCUUCCGUCUUCGACCCUCCACUGGUGCGGUGGAGAGCAAUGAGGAGUGGGAGGCACUGUUCGGGGCCGCCACGGACGCCGACGGUCGCGUGACGUCAGCCACGUUCCCGCCGAUCGCCGCCGGCACCUGGAAGCUGCGCUUUGACACCAGCGCCUACUUCCAACGCAUCGGCGUCGCGAAGUUCCUGUACCCGUACGUGGAGAUCGUGUUCCAGGUGGAGACAGGCCAGCACUACCACGUUCCGCUCCUCCUCUCCGCCCACGGCUACUCCACCUACCGAGGCAGCUGA